UUGGUUUCUCUCCUUCAGUGUUAUAACUCUCAACAGGACGAUGCGCACUCUGCUGCUAGUGCUGGCGGUGGCUGGGCCCUGCCUCUCUGCCAAGCUCCCCACCAUCCCUGGCAUCCCUCCAGGCAGCGGUAGGCAGGUUUUCCCAGAGUCCUCCAACGACCUCUCCUUUGGAGGGCAGGACUUCCUGGGGUCCUACCUGCCACCCAAAAACCCCCCAUGCGACCCAGUGACGGAGACGCAGGCGGAGACCACGACUGUCACCUCCUACAAGGACCAGCCAGGGUCUACCGUCAUCACGGAGUUCGUGACGCAGACGGUGACCAGCACGAAGAGAGAAGUAUCCACAUCUUUCACCACUAUCGUCACCGGUGGGGGUCGCCCCUCCACCACGUACACCACUCUCCUCUCAACUAAGUUCAUCACCAUCAUUCAGACGGACGUCAUCACCCGCCCAGGAGACGUUGCUACUGUCACCGACACAAGGACGCAGGUCAGCACAAACACCCAGGUCAUCACACAGGUGUCCACCAUCAUCAACACCAUAGGCAAGACCAUCACCAGCACCCAGGUCACCACAGCAGUCCUGACCACCACCUACACCCAGACACGCACGCAGACAAGUACUCAGGUGGUGACCAUCACCCAGCCGGGUGUGACCAGCACCCAGGUGAAGACCAAUGUUCAAACUACUCUAGUGACCCGCACCUUGCCGGGCGAGACCCGGUACACCACGCUCACCCAGGUCUCCACCACCUACGUCACCAGCGUCAUUACACUCCCGGCCGUCACCUCGACGGUGAUGCCGACGCUAGUCAACACCAUCAGGAGUACUGUGGUGAACACCGUUGGCAGUAUAGUUGUCAGCACCAAAAUCCAGACCCGUACCCAACUGGAGACCGACAUAACCACACAAAUCACCACCCAGCAGCUGCCUACCACCAUCUACCAGACCAAGACAGUGUCUUCGGUCUUCACCACCACCAGCUACACCACAGACCUGGUGGUGUCGACGGUGGUGAAGGGCACCACCCUCACCACCACCGUAACAGGCGGCGGCUCAGACAAAACUGUUUACGUGACCAACACUGUCACUUCCACCGUGAUUCAAGACGGCGGCGUCAGCACCACGCAGGUAGUGAGCAUUGUCACCCGCACCGAUGUGGUCACCAGCACCGUCACCAGCACGCGAAUUGAGACGGGAACCAACACCAUCUCCCUGCCCUGCACCUCCACGGCCCGAUACAACUACGACAAGCCAAAGGUUGCCUUUAACUUCGCAGGUUAAGAUCCACAGGAAUGACUGGUCACCUGGUGGGACUGGCCAGUCACCUAGCGCGACUAGUUAGUCACCUAGAGGGACUAAGCUAGUCACCUACUAGGACUGGGUAGUCACCAUCUAGCCCCACCAUCGCCACUAACAUAUCCACACAUUCCCCACUGAUAAAAUUGCACAUACAACUCAAGCAAGAAAUGACUGACAUCAAAUUGUUUUAAAUAAUAAAUUACCACUGUAAUAGUGCUGAUGAAACAGCAAUAUAUAUAUAUAUAUAUAUAUAUAUAUAUAUAUAUAUAUAUAUAUAUAUAUAUAUAUAUAUAUAUAUAUAUAUAUAUAUAUAUAUUACUCUAGUAUAAUAUAUUAAAUUUAAGUAAGUGAAUUUCCCCUUUACACAUAUUUACGGCAGGUUUCUAAUUAAUUUUCUAAAGAGGAAUGUAUACAGAUAUCCGUCCAAGCUAAAAGAAUGUAUUUCUUGAUAUUUAUAACAUGAGCAAAACAGUUUUAAAAAACACGUUCUAAACAUA